AUGUUCGAUUUAGACAAUUUUUUCAAUAACUUCCGACUUACGUUUGUUGGACGUGAUCUUAAUGAGCCAUUAAUUCAAUCUUCACCAGCAUCUUUGACUGAAGCCCGAGCUCAAAUUUUAAAGAAACAACAAAAGCAAACUGCUGAGGAAGAUCCAUAUCUUCUUGGCAUACAAACAUUAUAUUUAAAUGCUAUUGGUGAAAUGAACGAAUAUUCAGAGCCUAAACAAGCCGCAACAGCAAAAAUAAAUGAGCUUUUUCAGAACAAUCUUAUUUCACCGAAUUCUUACGGAUUUUUGAAUGAAAUGGAAGAAAAUUCUAGAAGUGCAAGGGUUAAAAUCCCAGAAAACAAAAUUAAUGUUCAAACAUAUCAAGAAUUAUACAGAUUUUGCUAUGCACAUGGUAUCCAUCCAACACACGAUAUUACAUUAGACGAAUUACAAAGAAUGACCGAAUGGAUUUCAAAGAAUGAAAUAGAUCACGUGGCUUAUACUAAAAUGCCAGAGUUUAUGCAGCAAGCUAUUGACCUUUCCGUCAUAGCUCAAAAUGUUGACAAGCUUAGCAAGUCAUUGGCUCAAGAUACACGACUUACAGAAAUUAUUCGAAAUCAUGUUAAUGAAAGUGAAGAAAAACUCGAUUUAACAAACAAAUCAUUAACGGAUAUCGCACAACUUAACCAAUACCUUAUCCAAGAAGGACGUUCUCUUCCAGCCAUGAAAUACCAAGAAAAUACAUUACGAUCAUACACAGAACCACACUUAAUUUCCGAUGAAACAUUCCCUGUGGAGAGUGAAGAACAAGAAACACAAGAAGAUGAAAAUCAUUCAAAUGAUUCAUAA